AUGGAAAGGAAACCCAAGGAACCCAAAACACCAUUUACAGGCUUUGCAUCCAUAAACGAAGACCUUAUUCAAAACAUUCUAACGAGAACGCCAGCUCCAUCCUUUGCAUCGGCAGCUUGUGUUAGCAAAUCAUGGAACCAAACUUGCAAUCAAAUCCUCUCCAAACCAAAGCUUGCCUCUGCUUUUUCUCUCAAUCCUGACCACAAGGCUGCAUUAGAAGAGGUUUUCGAUAAGGUUCUCUCCGAGCCAAUCAGACCCCAGUUUGCUAUUGCAAAUGUUAUUGGGAGUGAAGUUGAUUUGAGUGAAACACUCGAUUUUUUAGCAGCAAAACUUGGUUCCAAAACUCCAAUUAUCGUGUCCUGUGCAAAUGGAAUCUUAGGAAGAGAUGCUGUCACUAAUGAACAUAAAGAGGUUAUGUUGGAAGAUUUCUGGGUUGAUGCUGCAUCAAGAAAUUCAGGCUUUGGUAUACUGUUGACAGUGGGGUUUUUACCAAGACUACAAGGUGAAAAGGCUGACCAGAAACCUGUCAUGGAAAAGCUUGAUCAUGCCAUGUCAAGGGAAACUUUCAUUGUCGGUAAUGAGAGAUCCCAAUUCCUGUACAGAAGUGGCAUGGAUUCAAGAAAUAUGUAUGGGAGUGAUGAAUGUUUUUCUGAUGCAGUUGCUCUUGUAUUUGCAAGGGAUCAAAACAAAUCUUCUGGGGUAGGGGAAAUCCAAUUCCAUUCUGCAUUAUCAAGUGGUGUUUCUGCAGUAGGUCCCAGGUACAAGGUUGUUUCUGUUAAAGAGACUGAAUCCGAUACCGGUCUUAAUACAUUGCUUACUGCUAGAAGAGAGGGAGAACAAGAGACUCUAGGUGGUCAAAGGAUCAUGGAUGAAAUCAAUCACGAGUUGGUGAACCAAACUGAACUAUUCAUUGGGGUUUCAGAACAAAGACAAUGCUUUAUUGGGUCAGAGCAGCCAAGAAUGAUGAAAUUCCUGGCUUUUCAUGAAGUUAAGGGAGGAGAUGGAGAGCAUCUUUUUGUCAAUGGAGACGGCAUCAGUUCUGGAGACUAUUUUCAUUUUUACCAUUCAGAUCCAAACUCUGCAUUAUCUUCAUGUAGUAAUGUCUCCAAGAAUUUCAGAAACCUGAAGCUAGAUUGGAGUUUCAGAAGCAGCCAGCUUCAUGCAGGCGAAGAUGCUUAUAAUGUCGGUUAUAAGGAAGUUGUUGGAGGUUUAGUUUUCUCUUGCUGGGGCCGUGGUGAAUCUUUCUUUGGACACAGCAAUGUAGAUAGCUCACCAUUCCUGGAUAAUUUUCCUGGAAUCCCAUUGGCAGGAAUAUUUUGUUAUGGGGAAAUCGGACGUGGGUUUUCGAUGUUGAAUGCAGAUGAUCAAGGCCAAGAAGAAAAGAGCAAAUAUUGCUGUCUACAUUACCAUAUCGAACAAAUAUUGUUCGCGACAUACCCACUAUGGCCCGGCAAGAAUUUGUCAGCCCUAGCGGUGGAGUCAACUUCCAUAAAAACAUCAUAA